AAUUUGAUAUUGACUUUAGAACAAGUGUGGGGAGCUGCCAGUAUGUGCUUGAACUUUGUAAUGUUGGUUUUACAAGCAGAGACGCUUCAGGGCUUAUCCUAUAAAGAGUUAAAAGAAAUGCCAGUCUCAUGCAGAUCAUAGGCAGGAACAGUUUAUCUUUGUUAUUGAUGUACCAAUCAGAAAUAAGUCAGCAAAAAUUAUGUAACAGAAAGGAGAAUUACAGUGAUAACCAUGUUGCUCUCAGAACUGCAUUUGCCAAGUAUCUUCCUAUAAAAGGAACAGCUUAUGCUUCUUUUCUUUUUUCAAAAGGAUUGACUGAGUGUAAUAUCAACCCUCAUCAACUAGCACAUCUGUAUCUAAACAGGCUUUCGUAGUAUUCAUCAUGAAGGAGCCACAGCCACUGAUUUGUGAUGUCCCUGGAAUAAAACGUUGUAUGCAUAACUCUGGAUUCAUUGAAAGGUUAAGCCUUCCAUGGAACAAAAUUCUUCUAGACUUGUUAGUGUUGAACUGAAGCUACAAAAUACUUCAUACUAAUAAAUCUUUCUCUGUACUGUGUGGGAGAGUUUGAAAAAGAAGGAGAAGAAGAAAAAAGUAGCGUAGGAACUCAUAGCAUUCUUACAAACAAGGGGUCCAUUAGAGUAUGUUCAAUAUCCUCCCUCAGACCACUUUAAACCCUUGGGUUAGUAUUUACUAGUGAUGGAUGGUGAUGUUUAAAGUUAUUUUUGUAUUUAGAUUUAUUUCUUUAAAACAAAAAGAAGAGAGCUUAUAAACUGUUAAAAGUACUUAUCAAGCGUUCAAAACUCUUUUCUGAUUACCACUAACUUAAUCGCAUAUGUGGUUGUAGAUUGAGCAACCAAGGCAGAAGAAGGCGAGUGAACCGUUCGCUCGCUUGCUUGCUGGUUACUGAUUGUUUGUGGAAGAUUUGACUUUAUAUUAUUUCUUUCCUGAUGUUUUGUAAACAGCAAGUCACUAAUGAUGUGAUUUUUGAUCCCUCCCUUAUUUUAUCUAGUUUUACAUAAUAAAAUCUCUUUUUGAAUC